AUGGAGGUUAGGGUUUAUUAUUUAGGUGACAGUUGUUGGAGAAACACUUUAACUUGUGAUGCUUUCCCUGCGUUGAGUGUUCAUGGAGCUUAUGUGUGUGGCCAUUUAAACUGGUUAGCACUUCCCAAAUGCGGUCCUGGGUAUCGCUGGGGAACUGUUACAAUCAACGAGUUAGAAAUUUUUUCUUACGAUUUGAAGAAUGAGAAAUGUAGUUAUUUAUCUAUGCCUGAUGGUCUUUCUGAAGUGCCUCCGGAUGUGCCUGUGCUUGAGGUCUUGAAGGGUUGUUUGUGUCUUUCCCAUCAUCAAGGGACUUGUUUUGUUGUUUGGAUAAUGAGAGAGUUUGGAGUUGCAAAAUCAUGGACACUGUUGCUGAAUGUAAGUUAUGAAGAUCUUCAUAUUCGUGUUCUUCAUGGCUUGCCAGCUCUUCCAGUGAUUUUGUGUUUGUCUCAGAAUGAUGAUGUUAUGUUGCUUGCAAGCUACGAUACUGCGGAAUUUAUUUUAUACAAUAAGAAAGACAAUAGUAUAGAUGGUCGUGAACUUUUCAAUGACGACAAGUUUUUCUUUUUCUCAUAUGACUUCGUUCAGAGCUUGGUUUUGCCAUAUCAGAAUUAG